UUUUUUUUUUUUUUUUUCGAUGGGGAAGAAGGAGAGUUUGGUAUUAAGGUGAGUGCAUGCGUGUGUUUGUGUGCAUAUAUAAGUGUGUGGGGUGAGGACACAGGUUGCUUCAUUGUAGUGUUGGUGGUGGAGGUGGUGGUCUUUGUGCCAGAAUUGAUAAUGGCGCGGAAUGUUGUGUUGCUUGUGGUGUUCCUGUCGUGCUGCUCACUAGUCUGGAGUCAACACUACCACCACCACCAGAAAGGACAACAUGAAGGGAAUGAAAAGGCAGCAGCGAUUAAUGAGGACCGUAGAAUGAACAUGAGACUCUUUGCCCGGUACAGCACCACCACCGAGGCACUCAUCAGCGUCAUCACCUUGGUGGUUCCCUUCGUCUGUUACUCCACCACCGGAACAGCCACAUGCAUGGGGAAGAGACGGCGGCGCAGCGUGACUCCCUCAAUCUUUCUCAACACCCCUCGCCCUGAUGCCCUCGACUCUUCCCUGCUGGAGAAUCUUGACGGAGAUGGGGAGACACGUGAAAGCCAUGGGACAGAUAGGUUUUUCUUUACCAUUGUUAAAACUACAACUUCAGUCUUUACCUUCACGUCCACUUCCACCAAUAUCUCAAUCACUGUCUCUGCCCAGGCCCUUUGUACCUUUGCUGGGUUUACUGGUCCUGUCUGUUAGCUCUUUCUAGAAUCUCAAGUGUUACAGGUAUACUCUGGUAUGUUACCAGAAUUGUGUUAGUUUAAGGACUUUUUAUAUAUGAGUGUUUAUAUUGUGUGUGUUUUGGUGUGUGCCUCUCGAAUAAUAUGACAUCAAGCAAAGAAUACUACAUUACUAUCUUUAUUGUAUUUUCGUGUAUUUCAUAUCUUACAGAGUAGUACAAGUGUGGUGGAAAGGAGUUGAUUUCAAACAUUGGGCAGUCCUUUAUGGAAUGGAGUAUUAUGUAUUGGUUUAUUAUAAAUACUGAGUGAAUGUUUUGCUGUGUACCAUGGAGAUGGUUUUAAGGGUUAUUUUUUUUU